GAAAAUGCCCAAUGACAGAUUUAGGGCUGUUUGAAUGGAUAUAUAGCACCAUGACAAAGUAUUUGCUCCCUUCCUGAUUCCUUUUUUUAUUUACUUAUUUUUUAUCACUUAUUUGUCUCUGAUCUCUGAAAAAAAUAGCAUAAUACAAAAGACAACUUAAGUAAACAUAACUCAGUUUUUAAAUAACCAUUUGGUUCAGCUGAAGGAAAAACAUUCAUCCAUCCAUCUAUUUUCCAAACCGCUUAUUGGCUUAUUGGCUAAAUGGAAACAAUUAUGUAGAGAAGAUUUCUCCACAGUGAUGCCAAAAAGGGGGCAAUUAUUUUGUUACGUGGCUGAUAUGGGUGUUGGUGAAUAUAAAUAUUUGUUUUUUUUCCCUCUUCCUUCAGUGAAUUAAAUGAUCAUUUAAAAAUGGUGUUGUGUUCUUAGUAUGUUCUUUAUCUUAUUCUAAAUUUGUCUGGUUGUCAGACACAAGUGUGAUGGAUAAGCAAAAACAGAGGGAAUCAGGGCAAAUACUUCAUCACAGUACUGUAUGUAGCUAUAUGACUAAUGCUUUUCUCUCUACCUUUCAGCCCAACCCUGUAAAUAUGUAUAUUUCUCAGGGGCUUUUACUCUCCCUCUCCUGAAUUCUGUUCCUCUGGCUGUAGCAUUAAAACUCAAAGCAGACACAGGAAAACAAUCAUUGGAUCUACAGCAGAUUUUCGUGGUUUCUGGGUCUGUCUUCCUCUUUGGCUGGUUUGUUAUACAGAUGUUUGCAUACUGGUUGGCCAAAAAAGAAAAAAUAAGAAAAGAAUUGGGUUUGGUUGAGAGAAAGCAAGAUCCUGAGCUGGAGCAGGAGCGGUAUCGGGCCCUGUAUGACAACACUGCAGCAGAAGAGGAUGAAGUGUCCUUUCAGCACGGCGACAUGAUCCUGGAUGUGCAGCAGAUUGACGAGGGCUGGACAUAUGGGCAUGUGGAGCGCACAGGCCAGCAGGGCAUAGUGCCUGGCCAGUAAAAUAACAGUAUGAGGUGAAGAGCUGGGUGGGGAUCGGUGUCCUUGGCUUUGGAUAAACUGAUGCGUCAGUGCUGUCACUCUAGCCUUACACUAGAGUGCUGAUGUUCAGGGAGUCCCCAUGCCUGUGUUCCCGCCUGUCUCUCCCUCUUUCUCAUGCUGCUAAAGCCAGAUCUGCCGGAGCCUAGAUGAAUAUUGCACUCAAUCAUUUUGCUUGCACUGCCUCUAGUUUCCUCAACUCUGGCUAAUACACUAUUUUCUUACUUCCUCCCCCACCCCCACUACAGUAGAUGCAGAUGCAAGGUAUCAGCAGAGCAUGUAGUCACAGGAACUCAACUGGAAUUCAACUGGAAUUCAACUGGCCCGAUUAAAGUUCUGAUCUGACCUGCAAGAAAUUUUGCAUAUCGAAUGAACUCGAAUCCCUCCAAAAAACUGUUUCCGUAGGGGGUGUACAGUAUCAUGCGAAAUCUCUUCUGCUGUCUGAAUUCCCUCUGCCUGUGUUGUUAGGCUGAUGAAGCAAUCGCACUGAUGCAGUUUGAGGGCACCCUGUACAUUUCAGGAUACCCCAUACUUUCAAGUUCACCCUUUCCAUUGCAGCAAGAGUUCACAUAUCAGUAAAAUAUGAUUAGAAAUGUUUUGCAAAAAGUGUGGUUUUAUUAUUACUAAGAAAUUGUUUACAUUUAGAUUGCUGCUACAACUAACGUUUUAUUAGAUUAUUAAUAUUUAUAUCACUCUAUAGCUAUAUGUUUUAUUUGUCCUACUUAUAUAAAAUAUGUUCAUAAAUGUUUUUUAAAGGUGUGUUUUUAUUAAUACAAUAUCGUUUACCUUUAAUUUCAUAGUAUAACCAACAUGUCAUGUUAGAUUAUCAUUGUAUAUACAGAUCAUAUAUUCAGAUAUGUUUUCUUAACCAGCAGGAUUUUAUUACCUUAAUAAAUCCACAUAUU